AUGGAUGACAGAGAUAUUAAAGAGCCGAGGCAGAAGUUAAACUUUUCCUUGUGGGAGGAAGAGACUGAGGAUGGAGGACAGAAGAAGGCCAAAGAGAGCAGGGAGGCCUGGAGCUCAGAGGAGGGUGGAAGGCAGGAUUCAGAGGCAAAGCUUACACCUCCCAGGACACCCCUCAAUGACAUGUGUGAACUCGACACAUCUCAGGAAAAAUACAAAGAAAGUCCAGAUCAGAUGUUGAGGACUCCAGUGUCACAGUCUCUCAAAUGUCUAGAGAUACCUGUCCAGCCAGACAACAGAAGUAGGUUGCCACUCGGUGACAGCCCCUCUACUCCCAAAAGCAUGCUGAGCCAGUUGGUAAUUUCCCCAAAAGGGAAGCUGCCUUCCAGAGGAUCUAAGCAUUCGAAGCUCAUACCUGCUUCCCUCAAAGAAGAGAUGACUUCACUGGCUCUGGUCAAUAUUAAUCCCUUCACCCCAGAGUCCUACAGAAAACUAUUCCUUCAAUCUAGUGGCAAGAGGAAAAUUCGAGGAGAUCUUGAGGAAGCUGGUUCAGAGGAAGGCAAGGGAGAACAAGGGCUGCCUGCCAAGAGAUGUGUUCUACGAGAAACAAAUAUGGCUUCCCGCUAUGAAAAAGAAUUCUUGGAAAUAGAAAAAAUUGGGGUUGGUGAAUUUGGUAUAGUCUACAAGUGUGUCAAGAGGCUGGAUGGAUGUGUUUAUGCAAUAAAACGUUCUACAAAACCUUUUGCAGAAUUAUCAAAUGAGAAUUUGGCUCUGCAUGAAGUUUACGCUCAUGCGGUGCUUGGGCACCACCCCCAUGUGGUGCGUUACCAUUCCUCAUGGGCAGAAGAUGACUACAUGAUCAUUCAGAAUGAAUACUGCAAUGGUGGGAGCUUACAAGCUGCUAUAUCUGAAAAUGCUAACUUUGGUAAUCAUUUUCAAGAGCCAAAACUCAAGGACAUCCUUCUACAAGUUUCCCUUGGACUUAAGUACAUCCACAACUCUGGCAUGGUGCACUUGGACAUAAAACCAAGUAACAUCUUCAUUUGUCACAAGAUGCAAAGUGACUUCUCUGAAGUCAUAGAAGAAGCUGAAAAUGAAGCUGAUUGGUUUCUCUCUGCCAGUGUGAUAUAUAAAAUUGGUGACCUAGGUCAUGUGACAUCAAUAAACAUACCCAAAGUGGAAGAAGGAGAUAUUCGCUUCCUGGCUAAUGAGAUUUUGCAAGAGGAUUAUCGGCAGCUUCCUAAAGCAGACAUAUUUGCCUUGGGAUUAACAAUUGCAGUGGCUGCGGGAGCAGAGUCAUUACCUGCCAAUGGCGCUGCAUGGCACCAUAUCCGUGAGGGUAACUUUCCGGACCUCCCUCAGGAGCUCUCAGAAGACUUUUACAGUCUACUCAAGAACAUGAUCUACCCUGAUCCAGGAGAGAGACCUUCUGCAGCAGCUCUGGCCAGAAAUCGAGUUCUUCGCCCCUCCCUCAUGAAAGCAGAAGAGCUCCAGCAGCAGCUGAAUCUGGAAAAGUUUAAGACUGCCAUACUGGAGAGGGAACUGAGAGAAGCCCAGCAGGCUCAGUCACCCCUGGGAGACAUCCAUCAUGGUGACUCUGGGAUCUCUGGGGCCCACACAGGAUCAAUAAGCAUGAAACGCCUGGUGGGAGGAAAGACUGUAAAGUCUUCAAGCUUUACCUCGGGAGAGCAUGAGCCUCUGAAUUGA